GUCAUAACAAAAAUCAAUUCCAACCUCCAAGUCAUUUUGAAGUUUAUAUUUUAUUUAAAAUAAAAUGGCACAAAAGCCAACUCGUGAUAUUCUUGGUAUUAUUUGGCAAAAUUUCUGGAAAUCUCUGCGGCCGCGUCAAUUUCGUGGCAACUAUAUAGGCGAAGAUUAUUUUGGCAACAAAUACUAUGAGAUACCAGCAAAUCCAUCUAUUGGGAAGCGCAAAGCCUCUCGAUGGUUCGAGCCGGCCGACAAGGAUGCCUUCGAUCAGGAGCUGACUGCCGAAUGGGAGGCAUGGCUACGUGGUAGGCGUGAGGAACCCCCCACACGCGAAGAACUGGUAAAAAAUCUACAAAUAAUGGACAUGAAAAAACGAAAUGCUGCCGAACUGGAGGCAACUUACGCAAAGGCGAAGGAUGACAAAGCAUUACCAAAACAAGUGGAGGGUCAAACCGUUGGCACAUACCCCAAAUACAAGGAGUACGAAUUUAUACCUGGCAAGGAACCUCCAGAGAAAUGAAAACUUGCCACAAAUAAUCAGUUAAAAUGUUUUUUCAUUUGUAAAUUAUAUUGAUAAGUUUAACAAUUAUAUAGGUUACUUCUACCUCUACCAAUCGUUCAAAUCCAA